AUGUCCAAAGAAAAGGCUGGCCAAUCGAAGAUUCAUGAUGAUGAUUGCAUUCUUAUUGUGGACUCGAGCAGUGAUGAAGAAUUUGAGUGCUGUGUGGCCGGAAUGAGCAGGCAGAAUGGGAACAUGGGCUGUGUGGUGAUUGACUCGGAGUCUGAUGAUGAACACUUCCCUGAGGAAAAUCGAAGUAAGAUCUCUGAAAUGAGUGGCGAAGAUGAGAUUCUGGAAGUGUUAUCUGAUACUGACGAGCAGUUUAUGAUCCAGGAGUUUCCAAUAAUUAUCAGUGAUGAUGACGAUGAUAGUAAUGUGGAGGGCCCUGUGAUAAUAGAAGAGGAUGCAACUGAUGAGGUCCAAAUUGUCUCAGUUGAAAAGGAGAUGGAGCAGUUUGCGCUCUCCCAGUGCAAUUCAUCUGAUAAUACUGGUGAAAAUCUCUGUCAACUACCAAAUUAUGCUGAGGUUGAAGUAGAGAUUUCAGAUAUAAAUAUGUCAACUGAUGGAGAGCUUGUACCUGUGGUGGAACAACCAAGGAAAAGGAAAUGUAAAACCAAAAAUAUAUGUGUGACACCUGUUGUUAGAGGACAAAAGCGGGUUCAGUCUUCAAAGAAGAAACUCAUAUCAGUGAGAUCUAAGAAGUGUGAGAUUAGGAACAUUGAUUGCAAUAUACCUGGAUGUUUCUUGCGUGAUGUUGAAAAGUUAAAGCAGUAUUCUGGAAGGAAUUUCAAGAAAAAUAAGGAUGAACUGGUUCAGAAAUUGUACACCCUGAUUAACAACACUGUCUUUGAGAACAAGAUGCCAGAGAGACUGGAUAUCCGCUGGAAUAAUAAAAUGCUGAGAACUGCUGGCUUGUGUAGCUCUGGCCUAUUUCAUUACCCAAAGCAGCGUUACACUAAGAUUGAGAUUUCUCUGAAAGUCUGCGACUCUGCAGACCGAAUCCGGGAUACUUUGAUCCAUGAACUAUGCCACGCAGCCUCCUGGCUGCUUGAUGGCAUCCGUGAUUCUCAUGGUGAUGCAUGGAGAUAUUAUGCCAGAAAAUGUAAUGUGGUGCACCCAGAGCUGCCCUUGGUCACCCGUUGCCACAACUACAAGAUUAACUACAAGAUUUAUUAUGAGUGUUCUCGGUGCAAAACCAGGGUUGGCCGCUACACCAGAUCGUUGAACAUCGAGCGCUUUGUCUGUGCCGAAUGCAAGGGACCUCUGAUUCUGCUGCCAUUAACUCGGAAAGAUGGGUCCCCCAUAAAGCCCCAUGUGGGACCCUUUGCCAAGUAUGUGAAGCAGUAUUACGGAUUAGUUAGGCAGCAGACUGCAGGCAUAACCCACGGGGAUGUGAUGAGAACACUCAGCAAGGAUUAUUUUAUCUGUAAACAAAAGCAAAACCAUUAAGGUUAUCUGAGAGGGUAGCUGUGUGAGCUGAGUCAUCUACUGGUGAAGAAGUUUUAGAAAAAUAUCUUUGUUUCUAUGAAGUUAUGAAUAUUAGAAUUUAAAUCCUUUUUAUACUGUUGAUGAUUGUUCUUUAACCAAGGGUUCUAUUGUCCAGCAUGUUGUGCCCUUUACAGUGCUCCGAAGCCCUUUGGGCCCACCUUGUGUCUUACACUCCAGAGUUGUGACGUGUAGAAGGAAAUGCAAAAGCAAAAUACAGUUUCAAGAGUGGCUAGUGGAGAGGAUGUGAGUAG